AUGCGCUUCUUCAGAGACCUUGCCGCUUUGGCUGCGUCAUGUCUCUUUCUCACAUCCACCGUCAAUGCUCACUCGAGAGCCCGAAAUCCUUUAAACUACCUAUCUCUAAUUGAAGAUCCCCGGUUGCAUACUCCUUCGCAAAGAGUACAUGCUUACUCCCAUUUCGACAUUACCUUCGACCUCCAUAACCAUGCCGAGCACAUCCGAUUAAGUUUAGAACCCAACCACGACAUUCUCCACGAAGACUCCUACAUCGAGUUUCUUGACAAGGAUGGUAACGUCAGACAUGCCGAGAAGAUGCAAAGGGAGGACCACAAGGUCUUCCAGGGGAGGUCCUAUGUCGUCGACGACGAUGGCACUUCCACCCAUGUCGGCUGGGCUCGCAUUGUCGUGACCAGAGACGGAGUGCGCCCUCUUUUCGAAGGCGCUUUCACCGUCCUGGGUAAUCAUCACCAUGUCCAACUCAAGUCCGACUACAUGUCGACCAAGCAUGAAAUGGAUCCCGAACUAGAAGACGAUGAUGAUGAGUACAUGGCUGUCUGGCGAGACAGCGACAUCAGCCGUCAGCAUCCUGGUCACCACACCGAGCUAAAGCGCAGUACCCCGAUCUCCUGUGGUUCUGACCAACUUGAAUUCAACACCCACCCUGACCAUCCUAUCUACCGUGAAUUAAUGCUCAGGAGAGACGAAGGCACUUGGGGAACCAUGUCUGUUGCCAAUCUAUUCGGCAAGCGGCAAAGCAACAUCGACGGUGGUGGUGCCGGAAGUGGUAACUCUGCUGGUGUCAAUCUCAGAUCCACCAUCGGCAGCACUGAAGGUUGUCCUACAACACGAAAAGUCGCCCUCCUCGGCGUUGCCACGGACUGUUCCUAUACCGCCAGCUUCAAUUCCACAGAUACUCUCAGACAGAAUAUCAUUAAACAGGUCAACACCGCCUCCGACCUCUUCCAAUCCACCUUCAACAUCACCCUGGGCCUGAGGAACUUGACCGUUUCCGACGCGGAGUGUCCAGGUACUGCCAACAGUCAAUCACCAUGGAACGUCGGUUGUAAUACCAACACCGACAUCACUCAACGCCUAAACCUCUUCUCGGCCUGGCGAGGACAACGGGGUGAUGACAAUGCCUACUGGUCAUUAUUCACAACUUGCAACACUGGUGCUGAAGUUGGUCUAGCCUGGCUGGGCCAAUUGUGCAACCAUGGUGCUACGACUCAGACUGAUACCAGCGGAAGCAGCCAGAGUGUUACAGGUGCAAACGUCAUCGCAAAGACCUCCACCGAGUGGCAAGUUUUUGCUCACGAGACGGGCCAUACUUUUGGUGCGGUACACGACUGUGAUUCAAGUGCCUGCCAAGAUUCCAAUGUGGUGAAUUCCGGUCAAUGUUGUCCCGCGAGCUCAUCCACUUGUGAUGCCAAUGCCCAGUAUAUGAUGAACCCUUUCUCGGCAUCUGGGAUCACUAACUUUUCGCCCUGCUCCGUCGGCAACAUCUGCAGUGCUCUCGGCAGGAAUUCCGUUCAAUCGAGCUGUCUGACCGACAACAAGGGUGUUGUUACCAUCAGUGGCAACCAAUGUGGCAACGGCAUUGUCGAGGAAGGUGAAGAUUGCGAUUGUGGUGGUGAGCAAGGCUGUACCGGAAAUAUUUGCUGCAAUCCGACCACUUGCAAGUUUGCCGAAGGUGCAGUCUGCGACUCAAGUAACGAAGGAUGUUGCACAAGCCAAUGUCAAUUUGCAUCGGUUGGCACUGUGUGUCGGGCAAGCACCGGUCAAUGUGACCCACAAGAAACCUGCUCAGGCACCAAUGGUACCUGCCCCCCAGACACUACGGCUCCUGAUGGAGAUAGCUGUGGCGAUGGCCUUCGAUGUGCCAGUGGUCAGUGCACGAGUCGAGAUCUGCAAUGCAAGACUCUCAUGGGUAGCUAUACGGCCGGCAACGACACAUAUGCUUGUAACAGUCAAACCUGCAGUUUGAGCUGUGCGAGCCCGGACUUUGGAUCAAAUGUUUGCUAUAGCAUGCAACAAAACUUUUUGGAUGGAACGCCUUGUGGAGGCGGUGGCCACUGCGAAAACGGUGUCUGCCGUGGAAGUACAGUUGGCGGAGAAGUCAAAUCCUGGAUCGAUGACAACAAGCCAUUGGUGAUUGGUUUGGCCAGUGCCCUCGGUGGCCUUCUCUUACUUGCUAUCCUUGGAUGUGUCAUCCGAGCAUGUAGAAGGAGUAGACACAAGAAGAUCGACGGUGUGGGUCGUCGAAGCCGCCGGAAUUUGGGUGGAAAUCCUCCUCAUGGUGGCUGGGAUGGCCCAGGAAUUCCACCUCAGAUGCAAAGCCGCGGCUAUGGAGGUGCAUAUGAACCCUCGCCGGUUCAGAUGCACCCCAACUCUGCGCCGUGGUAUCCCCCACAGCCCCCACCAUCUUAUAGUGGGUGGCAACCAAGUGGUGGUUAUGGUGGACCGCAGCGAGGUCAAAGUGUGAGAUAUGCUUGA